AUGAAGUCUGCUCCGCAAGGCCAGAUGGUUAUCAACAUGAAAACCACUAUAACAACCCAUGGAAGUCAUAGUGGUUUUGUUGUUCAUAGCGGGAUUCUCUCAAAUAACUCAACAUCAACAGGCGCAGCUUCUUCAUCUAGUAAUCAAGGAUCUAUGUGGUCAGUAGGCCCUCCUUCUCGAUUACCCAUAGUAGAAACACCCCAAGGUACUCGAAUAGUUAGUGCAACCAGUCCUCAUCCAAUUCAAAUGGUUCCUUCAACUAGUCAAGAAAAUAUCAACACAAGUUGGUCCCGUAUUUCCAACCACAGUCCACUCCCAGCGCACACCAACAUAGAGAAGCGUUUCGAGUACGCACCGGAUGUUUCAUAUCGAUCGCGCAGUCAUGAUAAUUUAGUGAAUGAGAGAAGUCGCUCACGUUAUGAGUCACCUGUCCGUAGGCCUGUAACUCCUCCUUCACCCGUUUAUCACUUCGAUGGCCGAGAUUCCCCUCCGGAUGAGUUUAUAACUCCCUCUAGGAUAACCCUUAAUAUUUUUGAGCCGGAGGCAAUUGCUCCUAAAAAGUAUGAGGUCGGGUUAAGAAGAGCGGAAACAGCUGGAACGACAGACGCUCUGAUAAAUGAUACAGUCACGACGACUACCACAGUUGAAGUGUUCAGGACACCUAUUGAUUCAUCCAAUCCUACCAAACUAGUGGCACUACCCCCUCCUCCUGUUCCCGCUCUUGAUGAUAGACCACAAUUACUACGCCUCCAAGGUCCGAACUAUGAAAGAUGGUCUACCCAUAGAACAGAGACGCUCAUCAAUGAUAGGCCAGUUACUGCCAGUAGUUCAUUGAGUCAACGUGGUGUUCAAUGGAAAGAAAACUUAGUAGAAGGCUCUGAAGAAGCCGAUCGUUACCUUCAACAAGCGGAAAGAUACGAUCCUUAUAACGGUAUACGAUCGCCUUUUGCCGACGCUAUGCAACCUCUUCCUCCUGCUCCAUCUAAUCAGACAUAUCACGUUCCAAUGGUUCAUUCUAUAGAUCCUAGACUAUAUUCUUCUCCAGUUAUGAUGCAAAACCGUUCCACUUCGCCUUAUAUGAUCAAAUCACCUUCAGAAGCAUCUGUGUUUUCACACCAAGUUAUCACAUCUUCACAUGAAGAGCUGAGGCCACCAUCAACCACUUCCUACCUAUCUGCACCCCGAAUGAGGGAAAGCCCUUCACAGCUAGCUCAAAUUAGAACCGUUACACCAAACAGAUUGAACGACACCAACGUGUUCCCUUCGCCUGGACCUCAAAGUCCGAUAUAUGUUGAACCUAUACGACGUACACGUAAGGAUGUAGCGGAAGAUUCAGAUCGUUACAGUAGCCGAGAAUAUGAAAACCGAAGCAGAGCAGAUGAUACAGAUAGCCGAAUCAGGGAUAAAGGAGAAUCAAGAACAAGAAGUUCUAGGGAGAAGAACGACGACCGCUCAUCACGUAAAGCAGACUAUGCUAGAUAUGAAAACACCAAUAGCGAUCGAGAAAGCACGAGACGUCACGAAAAAAGUGGAAGAGAUUCCCGAAGUAAUCGCCACCGUGACCGUGAUUAUGAUCGCCAUUCGCGAGGUGUUUCCUCGCCACGUUCUAGUGACUAUAAGGAGCACAGACUAUCAGAACAUGGAAAACGCAGAUCUCACAGUCAUUAUCGGCAACGUGACUCGAAUAGAGAACCUCGAAGUCAUCGCCAUCAUCGCAGCCAAUCUCCUGAAAGUAGAAGAACAGAUCAUAUAGCUCCAACUGAUGAACGACAGUCGCGCUCAAGAACUCAAGUUGCGAGAACUACGUACGAUCCGAAAUCCCGAUCUAUAUCUAUUGAGCGUGACCCUAAUUACAUUGACGGUGUUCCUCAACACACAAACACACGUGAUCAUCACUCAACUUUAUACCAAACACGUGAUAUCAUGGACAACAUAGUGUCCCAAUUUGAAGAAACCGAGUUCCUAUUGGAUGACGGACUUUUGCUUUCACCCUUAGCUGAAUCAGAAGAUUCGCUUAUAUCAGAACUAUCAACUAGGAAUGAUAAAACGAAGUCCGAUUAUCUUGAACUGAGGACAGCCACGAGUCCAAGGUAUGCCAAUAUAAUUCAUGACAGGAAGGCAACAAUCUCCAAUAAUUUGUUACCAAAGCCUCGUGUGGAAGAGCAUGUUUACGCUGAACCUGACAAGAGCUUAUCUUCAGAACACAUAUACGAAGAGCUGGAUGGUUAUAGAAAUAUCACUCCCCAGCCAAGUUUGGUUCUACAGGAAAAAGUACACAAUGCACCGAAAAAAAACAAAAUAUCAAUGGAACUGGCAGAGUUUUUGGAGACAGAGGAAAUUUUCGAAGAGGUCACAACCACAACAACAACAACAACCACUUCGCCCCGUAAAACAAGAGAUGUACACAUUCCAACCGAGUCUCAACAAAACUAUGAGCAAAAUUCUCCUAACAUGGAGAAGACAAAGGAAAAGCCAAAACCUGAGCUCAUUCCUCCUAUUAUCGUUAUCGAUAAGGAAGUUUCAGUUGAUGAUACCAGUUCAAGUGAGGAAUGGCCCGAGCCCCCACCCCAACCUUCACCACCAGUAACCCCAACACCAGUGAGCCCACCACCGCUACCAACUUGCCCUCCACCACAAUCCCCACCGAAGUCUCCUAAAUUAGUUACAAAUGGUAGUAGUUCUAUAAUCUUCACCAAACCAGUAACAGUACGAAAAGCUCACCCAGGAGGCUUAGUAUUUCCUCGAGUUACAUUUUCGCUGCCCACACUGCCACAAUUGCCAGAAGACCGAGAAUUAUCGGCAAGAUUUUGUGAUGAUUCUGGUCUUACACUUGUCCCAAUGAGUAAUGAACAGACUCACAACAUACCGGUAAAACCGCCACCACCCCCAGCUUCCACAAAGCCUAAACUUGAAAUCCCCAGCGUCGUGUCUCAAUCACACAAACUAUAUAUCUCAGACUGGGAAGCAUUAUUGAAUGACGAAUUUGAUUCAGAUAGUAAUACGUUAAACGAAGAUCUUUCAUACCAUUAA